GUCAGGUCCGGCACACUUUGCAUGCGCGAUGCGCGCGGACGUCCUGGGCGCGCUCUGUCCGCUCCGCUUGGCAGGAGCUGCGAGAGGCCGCGCGCACGGUCCCCGGGGACAGCCGGAGGCCUCAGGGUUCCCGGCUGGAGCGAGAGCGCGGCGGCGGGCCGCGGGCUGCGUGUGUCUCCUUCCUCGCGCGGUGUGCUGCGCCGUGGAACGCUGGGCUCCGGACUUUGCGGGUGCACUGUGGCGGGUGGCGUACACCGCGCUCCCUCCCCGCUUCCUGCGCCCAGGGUCGGCGGGCAGAGUUCCUGGGUCCAGCUUGGUGCUGAGCAACCCCCGGCCGCAGAGCAGCUCCAGCCGGUCGGGAGACGCCCCCUGGCCCCCGCCCCCGCGUGGCCGGCCCGGAGGAGCUGGAGCAGCAGGAGGAGGAGGCGGCGCCGCCGGGACUGCCUCCUCCCCGCCCCUCGCGUCUCCUCCCCGCGCCACCGGGAAGGACAAGGGGACUGGGCACGGGGACCCCGGCCAGUGAGUGCCCGUGGCCCAGGACCGCCCCUCCCGUGAGCUCUCUCGCCGCGAUCCCGGGCAGGUCUCGCCCCGCAUGGUGCUGGCAGCAGCCAUGAGCCAGGACGCGGACCCCAGCGGUCCGGAGCAGCCGGACAGAGUUGCCUGCAGUGUGCCCGGUGCCCGGGCGUCCCCGGCACCCUCCGGCCCGCGAGGGAUGCAGCAGCCGCCGCCACCGCCGCCGCCACCCCCGCCACCGCCCCCGCCCCAAGCCGGCCUACCCCAGAUCAUCCAAAAUGCCGCCAAGCUCCUGGACAAGAACCCGUUCUCGGUCAGUAACCCGAACCCUCUGCUUCCUUCACCUGCCAGUCUCCAACUGGCUCAACUGCAGGCCCAGCUCACCCUCCACCGGCUGAAGCUGGCACAGACAGCUGUCACCAACAACACUGCGGCCGCCACAGUCCUGAACCAAGUCCUCUCCAAAGUGGCCAUGUCCCAGCCUCUCUUCAAUCAACUGAGGCAUCCGUCUGUGAUCAGCGCCCCUCACGGCCAUGCUGGGGUGCCCCAACAUGCCACAACCACACCCAGUACCCGGUUUCCCUCUAAUGCAAUUGUCUUUUCACCCCCCAGUCAGACACGAGGCCCUGGACCCUCCAUGAACCUUCCCAACCAGCCCCCCAAUGCCAUGGUGAUGCAUCCUUUCACUGGGGUAAUGCCUCAGACCCCUGGCCAGCCAGCAGUCAUCUUGGGCAUUGGCAAGACUGGGCCUGCUCCAGCUACAACAGGAUUCUAUGAGUAUGGCAAAGCCAGCUCUGGCCAGACAUACGGCCCUGAAACAGAUGGUCAGCCUGGCUUCCUGGCAGCCUCGGCCUCAACCUCGGGCAGUGUGACCUAUGAAGGGCACUACAGCCACACAGGGCAGGAUGGUCAAGCUGCCUUUUCCAAAGAUUUUUACGGAUCCAACUCCCAAGGUUCACAUGUGGCUGGCGGAUUUCCAGCUGAACAGGCUGGGGGCCUGAAAAGCGAGGUCGGGCCACUGCUGCAGGGCACAAACAGCCAAUGGGAGAGCCCCCAUGGAUUCUCUGGCCAAAGCAAGCCUGAUCUCACAGCAGGUCCCAUGUGGCCUCUACCCCCUAACCAGCCCUAUGAGCUGUAUGACCCCGAGGAACCAACGUCAGAUAGGACACCUCCUUCCUUCGGGGGUCGGCUUAACAACAGCAAACAGGGUUUUAUCGGUGCUGGGCAGAGGGCCAAGGAGGAACAGGCGUUGCUAUCUGUGCGGCCCCUGCAGGCUCACGAGCUGAACGACUUUCACGGUGUGGCCCCCCUCCACUUGCCACAUAUCUGUAGCAUCUGUGACAAGAAGGUGUUUGAUUUGAAGGACUGGGAGCUGCAUGUGAAAGGGAAGCUACACGCUCAGAAAUGCCUGGUCUUCUCUGAAAAUGCUGGCAUCCGGUGUAUACUUGGUUCGGCAGAGGGAACAUUGUGUGCUUCUCCUAACAGCACAGCUGUUUAUAGCCCUGCUGGGAAUGAAGAUUAUGCCUCAAAUCUUGGAACAUCAUACGUGCCCAUUCCAGCAAGGUCAUUUGCUCAGUCAAGCCCCACAUUUCCUUUGGCUUCUGCGGGGACAACUUUUGCACAGCGGAAAGGGGCUGGCCGCGUGGUGCACAUCUGCAAUCUCCCUGAAGGAAGCUGCACUGAGAAUGACGUCAUUAACCUGGGGCUGCCCUUCGGAAAGGUCACUAAUUACAUCCUCAUGAAGUCGACUAAUCAGGCCUUUUUAGAGAUGGCUUACACAGAAGCUGCGCAGGCCAUGGUCCAGUAUUAUCAAGAAAAAUCUGCUGUGAUCAAUGGUGAGAAGGUGCUCAUUCGGAUGUCCAAGAGAUACAAGGAAUUGCAGCUCAAGAAACCCGGGAAGGCUGUGGCUGCCAUCAUCCAGGACAUCCAUUCCCAGAGGGAGAGGGACAUGUUCCGGGAAGCAGACAGAUAUGGCCCAGAAAGGCCGCGGUCUCGUAGUCCAGUGAGCCGGUCACUCUCCCCGAGGUCCCACACUCCCAGCUUCACCUCCUGCAGCUCUUCCCACAGCCCUCCGGGCCCCUCCCGGGCUGACUGGGGCAAUAGCCGGGACUCCUGGGAGCACUCUCCCUAUGCCAGGAGGGAGGAAGAGCGAGACCCAGCUCCCUGGAGGGAGAACGGGGAUGACAAGAGGGACAGGAUGGACCCCUGGGCACAUGACCGCAAACACCACCCCCGGCAACUGGACAAGGCUGAGUUGGACGAGCGACCAGAAGGAGGGAGGUCCCACCGAGAGAAGUACCUGAGGUCUGGAUCUCCCAACCCGCCCCACUCUGUGUCCAGCUACAAAAGCCGCGAAGAUGGCUACUACCGGAAAGAGCCCAAAGUCAAGUUGGACAAGUAUCUGAAGCAGCAGCAGGAUGGCCCUGGGAGGUCCAGGAGGAAGGACGAGGCCAGGCUGCGGGAAAGCAGACACCCCCAUCCCGAAGACUCAGGCAAGGAAGAUGGACUGGGGCCAAAGGUCACUAGGGCCCCUGAGGGCGCCAAGUCCAAGCAGAAUGAGAAAAAUAAAACCAAGAGACCUGACAGAGACCAAGAAGGAGCUGAUGAUAGAAAAGAAAACACAGUGGCAGAGAAUGAGGCUGGAAAAGAGGAACAGGAGGGCGUGGAAGAAAGCCCUCAAUCAGUGGGCAGACAAGAGAAAGAAGCAGAGUUCUCUGAUCCAGAAAACACAAGGACAAAGAAGGAGCAAGAUUGGGAGAGUGGAAGUGAGGCAGAGGGGGAGAGCUGGUAUCCCACUAACAUGGAGGAGCUGGUGACAGUGGACGAGGUUGGGGAAGAAGAAGAUUUUAUCAUGGAACCAGACAUCCCAGAGCUGGAAGAAAUUGUGCCCAUUGACCAGAAAGACAAAAUCUGCCCAGAAACAUGUUCAUGUGUGACAACCACCUCAGACCUAGACCUGGCCCAUGAUUUCCCCAAGGAGGGAGUCGAGGCCGUAGGGAAUGGGGCUGCAGAAGUCAGCCUCAAGUCACCCAGAGAACUGCCCUCUGCUUCCACAAUCUGUCCCAGUGACAUGGACGUGGAAAUGCCUGGCCUAAAUCUGGAUGCUGAGCGGAAGCCAGCUGAAAGUGAGACAGGCCUCUCCCUGGAGGAUUCAGAUUGCUACGAGAAGGAGGUAAAGGGAGUGGAGAGCUCAGAUGUUCAUCCAGCCCCUACAGUCCAGCAAAUGUCUUCCCCUAAGCCAGCAGAGGAAAGGGCCCGGCAGCCAAGCCCAUUUGUCGAUGAUUGCAAGACCAGGGGGAUCCCCGAAGAUGGGGCUUGCGAAGGCAGCCCCCUGGAGGAGAAAACCAGCCUCCCCAUCGAAACCGACCUCCAAAGCCAAGCUUGUCAAGGAGUGUUGACCCCGGAAAACUCCAGGUAUGUGGAAAUGAAAUCUCUGGAGGUGAGGUCACCAGAGUACACUGAAGUGGAACUGAAACAGCCCCUUUCUUUGCCUUCUUGGGAACCAGAGGAUGUGUUCAGUGAACUUAGCAUUCCUCUAGGGGUGGAGUUCGUGGUUCCCAGGACUGGCUUUUAUUGCAAGCUGUGUGGGCUGUUCUACACGAGUGAGGAGACAGCGAAGAUGAGCCACUGCCGCAGUGCUGUCCACUACAGGAACUUACAGAAAUAUUUGUCCCAGCUGGCCGAGGAGGGCCUCAAGGAGACGGAGGGGGCAGGUAGCCCGAGGCCGGAGGACAGUGGAAUCGUGCCCCGCUUCGAAAGGAAAAAGCUCUGAUGCUUCUGCUUCUGCUGCUGCUAUAAGGUUGGAAAGGAGAGCUUGCUGAAGCGGGAUCUUCCUGAUUCUGGGGACAGGACUAAAGCCUGAGAGGAAGGAAAACCAAGCAGGGCACGUUGCUUGCGUUUGUUCCCAGAGACUCAGUGAAAUGCCUCUGAAAUGUCUCCAGGAGCCAAGUCACCCAGGUGUGUCCAGCCCACUGAGGGUCACCAACUCUCUCCCUGUUGACUCUUGUUUCUCUCAAACCAUCUUUCAAUUUGUUUUUCUCUCUUUUCCUCUUGUUCUCUCUCUCCCUCUCUCCUUAUGUGCCAAGAAUCAUUUCUUUUUCACAAAACCCAACUUCUCAGGGAUUUUCACAGUGUUUAAAUUCUUGAUAGGAUCUAAUACGUCAGGCCUGGCUGAGUCACCCAAGGAAAAGGUUUAAUGGAAACUCCUGGGUCAGGCGAACCUCUGCAGUGAGUCUACAGCAGUAUCUCUGUCUGGUGUCCCGUGUAUCCCCUGCACUGGGGAGCUGAGUCGGGUCUGCAGUCCCGGUGAGGGGACAUCACGGACAAUCUGUUGGUAGAGCUGGGAGGGACUUCAUUAACCUCUUCCUCCAGCUGGGCCACCCUUUUGAAAAGCCCCUGUUUUUAAUAACUCUUUCAUCCUCUCAGUUCUUCUAGAAGUCUGCCAGACUUAUGCCUUAAAGUAAAAUAAAAUGAAUUUUAGAGAAGAUGAAAAGAGCCCUUCAUUGUGGAAGCUCUGAUAAGUUUCCUCCAAACUUAUUUCCCUCCUCUUGAUUUCAGGAGAUGUCAGGGUUUGUUCUAUUCUGGACAAUGAAUUUGGUACAAAUUCACUAUAAUUAAAAAUAAAAACAGAAGCAUCUUCCUUCAGCUAAAGCAGCAGUUGGCGUGGGUUUAGGUGGAAUGCUGGCCUCUCUGCAAUGCGUAGCAUUGGCUUGAGACACAGUUCCAGGCUGUGGAAAACAGAGUUGUUUUGGGGGUUAAAUGAGCUUAUUUAAGUCAAGGAAACAUCAUCUGUCCUUCACUCAGCCGUGGUGCCUGCACUCUGGGGUACAACCUCCUCACCAUGGGAUGGUUUUUAAAUGGCCCCCCAGUUGGGGGAGAAGCUAAGGAAAGAGAAGGCUGCAGAGCCAAAGAGUGGCAUUAAAGUUUGCUGGGUGUCUGUAGGUGGACCCUUUCCAGCUGGGCAGAUAGUUGAGGGCUCCUUGGGUUUGACUGCCUGUGCAGACUUUGUUACCAAAGUGUUAUGAAAAGUCCUGAUUCCCACUGCUCUUUCUGGUACUGGAGGGUGGGUACCUUCAGGCUGUGGGGUCUCUAGUCUGAUAUUCCAUUGAAAGGGUAUGGGAUAAAUGUGCUGGGGGAAAUGAGGCUCGGCCACAGCCGUAGAGAGGCCCUCGGGCAGGUAAGAAGGGGGCCUGGAGCUGUUUUCAUGAGCUGAGAUACUCUCCUGAAAGCACCCUUCAUAGCUUAGCCCAGGAAAAAUAAAACAAGGAAGACAGGUCACUCUCCCCUAGGCAGUUCCUGUUGUUUCAUUCCUGACCUUGGGCAGGCAGACUGAGAAGGGACUGUGUAGGGUUUUGUUUUGUUUUAUUUUCAUUUUCCUUUUUAUGGCAUGUGAGAUCAUACUGCACAUUCUGUCCUCUGUACUAAUAGAGGAAGGGCAGAGAGAUUAGUUCAAGGCUGACAUUUUAUAUCAGGUAACUGAGGCACACAAAGGGAACAAAUGAAGAACAUAAAAUGAUCAGUGUAAACCUGAAAGCAUGCAGUCAUUGGCAAGGGACAUACUUAUGGGAGCUGGUGAGAGAGAACAUUUAAGGCAAGCACCAGGUGAAAGCAGACCAGCUUGAACAGGUGUGAUGCGGAGAGGUUGGAAGAAGCAAGAAACCUGAACUCAUCAUCAUCAUCAGACUAUUAAAUAAAAUUUAUAGGAGGCUGUUGGUUUGAACUGAGCUCCUGCACUAGGGCCCAACAGACCAAAACAAAAGGGAGUCACUCAUGUUAAAGUUCUGUCUUCCAAGAAAUCAGGAGAGAGAGAGAGAGAGAGAGAAAGAGAAUAGCCAAAUCCUCAAACAGGCCAGUUUUAACCAGCAUGAUGAAGAAGUGUCCUUGGUUUUAACCUUUAUAAGGAAAGCAACUUUGAGAUGACCAGUCUGGUUUUUGUUCUUUGUGUCUGCUUUCCUCAGCCCUUUUCUGUCUAUAAAGCCAACCUCCUCCGCUCAGCUCCUGGGAACACUCAUUCUAUUUUAUAGAAUGACGUGUUGCUCAAUUCUAGAAUCAAAAAUAAAAGCCAACUAAGAUCUUUAAAGUAAAUUUGUUGUAAUUUUAUCUUUUGAGAAAACCAUAUGGGGGCUGCUGAAAAGUUGGUAUCUCAAAUAAAGUCUGAAGAUCAUGGCUCAGCCCGGAUUGUUCCCCUGGCCAACUCCACAGGUUUGAACCUGGCAUUCUGGACACCAGCUCUGCCUCCUCCAUUUCUCAGAAAACCUUUGAUCUUGUGUGUCUUUCUUCCCACUGAAGGGAAUUCUGGGGGCAGUUCUUUGGCCUUCUUGCUGAACUUUGCUGGAAAUAGCGUACAAUUUUUAUCAGAGGCUAGAACUGUAUAUUAUCAGAGAGACUGGACACUUUAUCCCCUAGCAAAGUGGGAGCAGACUUCACCAGCUCAUUCUGCUCCACCCCUGCCUUCCCCCACCCCCCAUCCCCAGCAGCAUUUCCAUGGAAAUCCAGAUGGUCGUGUAGUGUUAUGGCUCCCAUGUGAUAGACUGGCCUUCAUAUUAGAAAGCUAGGGAGGGCCCCCAGGAGGGAGAGAGAUAAGGCGCUAUCUGCAUUCAAUCAGAACCUUCAGUUUAAAAUCAUCUAAGAGUCCAUACUCGUGUGUACAUAUGUAUUUAUUUUAUUUAUUUUUAUACAAUUCCAUUGGCAUGGUCCUUCACCGACCCUAUGAUUUGCACUUUUUAUUCCUACGUGUGCCACACACAAUGCAGUAUUAAAGGCAACCAGGAAAAUAUUGAUUUAUUUUUUAAAGCUUUUUUUCAGUGUUUUGUCAGCCAUUUCAAAGUGUCUCCCAGAAAAGGAUGCUGAAGAGCAAUUGCUACCUUGAGCAACAGAUUCAUAUUUACCCCAGGUUAAUAUAACAAAAGGCCUGUAUGAUUUUCUUUUCAUUGUUAACACCCAAAAUAGCAUCUAUCUAGACAGUAUCCCCAAAAAAUUUGGAAAAUUUGAUGGUGUGAGCAGCAGCCAUUAGUAUCAGGGUUUCCCAUUCUUGGACAGUCCGAGGCUGUGACCUGUUAGAUAAUUAGAUUAUACUUGAACUGGACCAGAGUUUGUUUUUUGAAUUUAUGAGAAAAACAAAAACACUAAGUUAAGUUUGAACUUGUAAAGUAUUGAAAUUUGUUGAGUGUCCUAUAAAUUGUCACGACUUUUCCUGAUCUGUAUAACUGACUGCAAAGUGUUUGUUUUUACAAAAGAGAAAAGAAAAGAUUUUUAAUAAAGAGAAUUUGAAAGCUGUGA